AUGCUUACUUACAAUCCUGUUACUGCUGGCAACAUUCAAGGAACAACUGGCAUCUGUCAUGACAAGGCAUUGAUUCUCAUCCCUCCCGAUGCCAAGCUCGAUCCGACCAUUACCACUACACCAAGUCGUACUCUGUUUGUUGGUCGUCUAGCUCCCUCUGUUACUCAAGAUAUUCUUGCAGAUACAUUUCGUCCAUACGGAACUGUUCUUCAAUGUCGCAUUAUAGUGAAUAAUAUUACAGGACAGAGCCGUGGGUAUGCAUUUGUAGAAAUGGAAAGUCAGCAUGAUGUAAAUGCUGCAAUUCGAGCAUGUCAUGGAAUCCAUUUGCAUGGACAACACAUCUUGGUCGAUACUGAGCAUGGUAGAACUGUUACUGGAUGGAUUCCGCGUCGAUUGGGUGGUGGUCUUGGCGGGAAAAAGGAGUCGGGUCAAAUGAGAUUUGGUGGACGGCAUCAUCCAUUUAAAUAUCCCUUGCAGUCACGAUUACCAUCUACCGGUCGUGAUGAUUCCAAGCGUCCAUGGGAUCAAAGAGACUUGAAGUGUUAUGAUUCGAGUAGUAAACGACACUCUGCUAAUCGAGUUUGGGAUCGUCAUUCUAGUGAUAAAGGUGGAAAAGGUCGCAGUGAAGUCUCUAAAUACCGUGACGACAGAGAUUCAAGAAGGGACUCUACUGACAGUAGAGGUGAGCGCAACUCAAGCAGAUACCAGCGUACUCGUUCUCCUCAAAAACCGUCAUCUCAUUCCAGUCGACAUUCUGAUUCAAAAUAUAGCUCUAGAUAUGACAGCCGCUAA